AUGGAUGAAGCGAUCGACUGGUUCCGACAAAUGUGUCUUCAGAAGAACGUCACAAUCGGACAGUUUCAUAUCGAUACGAAUGGCGACUCGGAAAAAUUGACAGAAAAACUUGACGAAGUUUUGAAGAAAAGUGAAAUUCCACUUAAAAUCGAAUCUAUUCAUUGUGUGGGAACAGAAUCUAGUGAUUCGAUGUGGAAGAUUAUGGAAUAUUGUGAUAAGAGGCUGUUGAAAGAGAUGAAAAUGGAUCAGUUUUAUGAAGAUGAGAUUAAACUAUCCGAAUGGAAAUUCUAA